AUGGGGUUCAGUGCCCGGGGACUCCCCGCAGAAGGGGUAGUCAACACAACAACCCCUUCUAGAACCCACUGCCCAGAACUUCUAGAACCCAGGCCUCGCCCAGCCUGGACCACCACCUGGUGCUGCCCCUCUGCCUUUUGUCUGAAAGCCGCUCCUUCCUGGACCGCAGCCCUGGAGGCUUUCUUCUCCCAGGCCCCCAAGGGCCGCAUUAGCGGCCUGCCCACGACCUCUGGUGGCAGGCGCUUCCAGCUCUGGGCCCUGGGACUCUUCUGCACGGAGCGCCACCUGGCCAGGCGCCUUAAGAACAACAGCUUCUACCCGUUCACGCAACAGCAGCCCAACGUCUUCGUGCUCGAGUACUACCUGGAUACACUGUGGAAGGGGGCGCUGCUCCUCGUCGUCUGCCUCUUUCUCGUCAGCUUCGGCCUUGUGAGCCAGGUGCUGAACCAGAAAACGUGGGGCUUCCCCGCGUGCGGCGUGGGCGUCGGCCUGUGGCUCAUGAUUUCGUCUUUGCCGCGGCGGCGCCUGGUGCUGAACCACAUGCGGGGCACAUACCACUUCUCCAUCCAGGGCCGCACCGUGUGUCAGGGCCCGAUGCACCUGGUCUACGUGCGCCUGGCGCUCAGCUCUGACGCCUAUGGAAGGUGCUUCUUCCAGUUGGUCCUCUGCGGCCACCAGCUAGAGCCGCUGGUGCUGGUGCAGCUGUCGGAGCGCUAUGAGCAGAUGGAAUACCUGGGCCGUCACAUUGCCCGGAAGCUCAACAUUAACUACUUUGACUGCCUGGCCACGUCGUACCGGCACGUGGUCCGCCACUGGCCGCUGGGGGCCACCUUCAGCCCCGGCAUCGUGCAGCGUAAGACGGGCACUUACGACAAGUGGACCUCCCAGUCGGACCUGGACGUGUGACGCUACAGGGCGCAGCCCCCUCCCCCGCCCCCGCCCCAGGACUGCAUUCUCCCUUCCCUGCCAGUCUCUCGCCUUCACCCCACCGGUACUCUCCCUCUCAAUAAAGCCGUCUCUUGCU